CCGUCAAACUUGACGAGGAGUGUAAGACCCAUCCAAGAUCCUCUACCCCGCAUUGCUAAUCCUCUUCCUUUGACUUCAUUCCCUCCAAUAUGUCUAGCCUCCAGAGGCAAUUCAAUACACAGAAAGCGGUUCUUCGGCAAUCAACGAUUAAGUAUUUAUGUCCAGAAUGUCUGCGAGGUUUCCCACGACCAGACACUUUAUACCGACAUUUCCAAGAUGUUAAUGAUGAGGCCCACAAAGGGCUAAGAUCGAGAAAGGAUGACUACAACCAAUUCUACUCGUGCUAUCAAAAGUGCCUCGGAGCUUCGAUCCCAUCGAAAUGUCUGCCCAAGCCGCCACAUUGCUUUGAGUUGCAGUAUGUCAUCGAACACUAUGGCAAGGAUUUAGAUAACGGUGCCAGUACAACAUCCAAUCAUGGUAUUUUCACCGAAUUUUCGCACACGUCCUGUCUUUCUUGAUGAGUCAGUACAACCUGUUCCAAUUUAUUACGAUCGCCAAGCGCGUGGCUACAGUCACCGUCCACUGCAUGAUGCUAG